AUGAAUAAGAAUAAUGAACGAGUUGAGUCGGAAACGUCUGAAAAGGACUUAUUACUACUCAAUAUCGAUACCAAUAACCCACAAGUUUUAAAUAAACUUCAACAACUUCCCUUCAACAACAUGAAUGUACCGAUGGUACAGAAUAUAGUCGCCUCGGUUCAUUUGGGAGAGGAGUUGGAUUUAAGAGAAAUUGCAAUAUCAACCCGAAAUGCAGAAUAUAAUCCCAAGAAAUUUAAUGCUUUAGUUUUAAGGAUGCAAAAUCCAAAGUGUACUGGUUUAAUUUUCAGAACUGGACGAAUUAUUAUUACUGGUAGUAAAACAAUAGAGGAUACAAGAUUGGGUGGAAAGAGAAUGGCUAAGAUGAUUAGGAAGGAGACUGGUUUAGAUUUAAAAUUUAAUAAUUUUAAAAUUGAGAAUAUUAUUGCCACUUUCAGCUGUAAUGUUCCCAUUCGACUUGAAGUCUUUUCACAAGAACAUAAAGAUUUAUGCAACUAUGAACCAGAGUUUUUUGCAGGAUUGGUGUAUAGAUGUCGUAUAAAUGAAGAAUCUGAGGCUGUUUUAUUAAUAUUUGUUUCUGGAAAUGUUAUUAUCACUGGCUGUAAGUCCGCACAGGAAAUUCAAUACGUCUUCAAAACCAUGUAUCCAAUACUACAUCAAUACCAGCACUAA